AUGGCGUCUAAGUUCCCCAAAAAGAAGAGUCGAGAGAACGAGCUUCGUACAAGGAAAGGUCAUGACAUGACAUGGUCAUGUGACAAGCAUGGUGAGCCAAUCAAAUUGUACUGUGUACAACAUAGCAUUUCUAUUUGUCAUGUAUGUGCUACUAAAAAUCAUCAGAAACCAUGUAAGCUAGACGACAUUGAGGAUGUCAUCUUCCAGAGGAGGGUGAAUUUUUAUGAUAAAAAACCAAAGAUAGAAGAAACGAAGAAACAACUGAAAACUCUCGUCCCCAAAAUAGAAACCGUUCGAGCUAAUGCAAGUAGGAGCAUUGAUGUAGUCGAGGACCAAGUGAAGAUGACAUUCGAAGACAAGUUAAAGAAUGUAAGGGACAAGAAAGUGAGAAUGCUUCGAGAGAUUGACGAGGAGGCAGAUGAAGAAAUAAGAAUCAUUAAUGAGAAAAGGGAGAAACGGAUCAAGGACUGCAACACUGAGAUAGAAAAGGAAGAAAAAUUCCUCAAAUAUAACGAAGCUAAAUUGUUAUCAGAUACAAAGACAAUCAGUGAGGUAGUUACUAAGAAGACAAAUAAUCUCACUGGUAAAAAUCAGCAUGCAAUAAACACUUUGAUGAACAUUGAAUCAACCAUCAAACGUAUAAACCAACAUGAUGAAACAUUGGUGAAUGAAGCUCCUCAAGUACUUGCAUCUAUUGAUGACAAUUUAAGUUUGAAUGUUCAUCAAGAAGUUAGCGACUGUCUUAACCGAAUACAGAUUGAAGUUGAGAGAGUGAAGUUUGUAGAGGGGGAAGUAGGUGGAGAAUACUAUGGUAGAAUUGAUGGGUAUAUCGGUAAAUGGGAACUUGUCAAGUCAAUCCACAUUCCAUCGGUUGUUAAGCUUCCGCGUGUGUGUGGAUUCAUCAGUGAAGAUGAGAUAUGUGUCCGAGGUGAAAUUAACAAAGACACGCAUGAUACAAACAUCAACACUCAACACACAGAGAAAGUCAUUGAUGAAGGUGUGUUGAUUACAUCAUGUGCGCCCAUAGACAGUAACGUAAUAGUAUGUGGUAAGGUGAGAGAUGAUUGCACGGGUGACAGGUUGGAUGGAUGCAUCACUCUCUAUGACAGACAAUGGAAGGUGAUUAGAGACAUCAGCAUACCAAGGAAUGGACACGCCAGUUAUUGUAGUGUGUAUGUUGAUGUUGACGGUGAUGGGAUGAUCAUCGCUGCUCAGUUCAAUCAGUCUAAUAUCUACGUCAUCAAUCCUGCUGAUGAUAAGAUAGUAAACACUAUUACGAUGCAGGGUAAGAAGGUGUGGGGUGAGAUACAAGCCUUGUCAUCAGGUGAUAUCGUUUGGAAGACAUAUUAUGAUAAAUACACUGUCAUCUCACGAUCAGGAGAAGAGAAGAGUGCCAUACACUGUAAUGAGUGGGGCUUGUUUUCAGAGUGUCGCGUUGACAAACUGACAGACACACUCUACAUCUCAUACUGGGAUAGAGCGCGUAAGACCUGCGCAGUUGAUCAGGUGUCACGCGGUGGUGUCAUCCAGGCAAGGAGGAUCGUGGAAUACGUGAAAUCAGAUCGCCCUUACUACAGCAGCCCUUGCCUUGUUACUCCUUCUGGUUACCUCGUAGGAUGUGAUGGAGACAAACUUCAUCUUUACAAGAACACAUUCAUCUUGUAA